GCGCCGCGGAGUGGGGCGCGGGCGCGCUGGACUCGGAGCGCGCCGCCGCCCCUCGGGCCUGCCCGCACCCCUGGCCCGCUCAGCCGCACCCCCGGCCUCCGGCUCUCCUCGGCCCCACGGCCACGAUCGCGGCCCGGCGCUCGGCUCACGGUGCUCGCCCGUGGCGCUCGAGGCGGGCGCGCCAGGCACGGGGCGCGAGGCCAGAGCGGGUGCGGCGGGGUGCGGGGGGAGAGGGCGGCGGCGGAACCCCCGGAGGAGAGAGCGGGGCCCGGGGGGGUCCGAGGCAACUGAGACUCCAUCUGUGAAGCAGCAUCAUGGCAACAUUCCUGAAGGCCAAGGAUGCCAAUUCAGUCCUGAAGCGGGUCCCUCGUGCCAAUGAAUUCCUGGAGGAACUGCGCCAGGGCACCAUUGAGCGCGAGUGCAUGGAGGAGGUGUGCAGCUAUGAGGAGGUCAAGGAGGUGUUCGAGGAUAAGGAGAAAACGAUGGAGUUCUGGAAGGGGUACCCGAAUGCAGUGUACUCGGUCCGAGACCCUUCGCAGACCUCAGAAGCCAUGUAUGUGGUGAUACCCCUUCUGGGGGUGGCCUUGCUGAUCGUCAUCGCCCUGUUCAUCAUCUGGAGGUGCCAGCUGCAGAAAACGACUCGUCAUCACCCGUCCUAUGCUCAGAAUCGGUACCUGGCCAAUCGCACGGGCCACAACCUGCCCCGGGUCAUGGUGUACCGGGGCAACCUGCACACGAGCCACGGGGAGUCCUCUGGGCACCGGGAGGUGGGAAGCAGCUCACAGGGGGUGUCGGGGCCCAGCCGGGCCAUGCAGAGCACGGUGCGCCUGGAGAGUAGCCUGUACCUCCCUGAGCUCUCUCUGUCCAGGCUCUCCAGUGCCACCCCACCCCCCUCCUACGAAGAGGUGACUGCACCCCAGGAGAGCAGCAGUGAGGAGGCCAGCAUCUCUUACAGUGACCCGCCCCCCAGGUAUGAGGAGAUAGUGGGUGCCAGCGCCAGCCCAGACAAGUAGGCGCCCAUGUGUCCAGUCGCGGGGAGCCUCUUUCAUGGGCGCUUUUUCUUUUCUUCUCUUUUUUUAAUUAACUUUUUAAAGACUGUGCCACCACAAAACAGCCUUAGCCUCCUUGUUGCCAAAUAAUUUCCCAACCAUGGAUUUUUAGGAAAUCCUUGGUCAGAGGUGGGGUGGGGGUGGGCCAGAGUCCCUCACCCCCACGAGAAUGACAGCCACACAGCCCAUCUCUCCCAGAAGUCCCCCACCCCCGUCCCCAGGUCAGGGACUGGUUUCUCUUAUGCCAAAGGAAUCACCUCACUGAGUCGAUGCCAGCCACAGUGGGUGGCACCCCAGGCUAGGAGAUCCAGAGGGAAGCCCACCCCAUGGCGCCCCUUUUCUACAACAGUCCCGUGUGUUAUGUUCCUUACUUACGUCUUGAGGAUAGAGGCCAGGACACAACCCUAACAAACAACAAGAUUCCUCAGAAAUAGGUGAAUAAUGAACACAGCAGAGAUUUGGAACACCAUCAUGUAGGCCCUUCACAGAGCGAAAGGAAAUCAGAAACUUCUAUUCCCUGACACCACACCCCUGACCAUCUAGGGGACUGACUGUGGAGAGCAGGGCUGAGCGGGGGUUCUAUCUCCUCCAGGAGAGGCACAGGCCUUUUGAGACCUUUGCCAGCCUGGACUCUGCCUCUCCACAGCCCUGUCCUGGCACUGCCAAAGCUACUUGACACUGGUACGAAUGCGGGGAAGCCCCCGGGAAAGCCACAGCUGCUGACCUUCCCAGAGGAGCCCCCAGUCUGCCAGUGGUUGGGACUCCAGGCCUAGGGGGAGCCCCAGCCUUCCCAUGUGAAUUUGUAGGCUCCUUUCCUCUUCCAGAGUCAGACACGGAGUUGAACUAUGGGUGGCUGGUUGUCCCUGAAUGAUGGUACCCACGACGGGGACAAGUGUUCCUUUCAGAAUGUCUCAGUGGGGAGUUGGGGACCCUGUGAGCCAGACAGAAGGCUUCUGGGGUUUGCCGUGCUCCUGCCAGGUGCAGGCCUUCCCUGAGAACCCCUGCCUGUGUUCCAGGGGCUAUUCAGCCCAUUUCAGUGAGUCUAGAGGUGACCCGCCCCUGAACUGUCAGUGCCCCCCCAAAGAUACUGCUGAACGUGUCUCCCCAACCCCUCCUCUCCCUCCAUCAUCCUGGCCCCGACACCAAACCCUUAUCCCUCUGUGGUGCUUUAAAAACUGUAGCACAUUUUUUGUGGAGCCCAAAAGAGUGCACAGCCAGGGUCAAAUAGCAACCACAGCAAUUUAACCCCCACGAGAAGACAAGCCUCUUUUUGUCUACCCUGUCCCCAGAGUAGGCACCGGGUCCCGCUCUCUGGAGCCCGGGGCCGUUAUCAAGUCUGGAGGUUUGUGUUCUCACCCCAGUGAGGCCACCAGCUCGGAGGACUCCACCCUGUGGUUGGGGUUUUCCUUCCUUCCCCCUGCCUCACGGGCCAGCUGAGGCAGACAGAGCUGCUACCUGUACAGUGCACCAAGCCCCAGGGAGCUGGGGUGCUUGGCCCAUCUAGAAACUAGUUAGGUGUCCGGGGCCUUCACGGUGACCGCGAUGCUGAGUGUCUACCUGGGAAGUCGUCUCUGCCAGUUGGCCCUCUCUGUCCCCCUCCCUUCCCCAGGAACUCCCCGAUGCCAGAGGUGCUGAGCAGGUGGCAAGUCACCUUUCCUUCCUCCUCUUCUCCCACUGGGCCUCUAGUAUUGUCCCCCUGCCCUUCCUCGUCAAGGCAAAUUUGACCUAAAAGGCCUCUGCUCUUUCCCUAUUCAAGUAUUGGAGUCCUGGGGCCAGGCCCCGCUCUCCUAGCAUUCCCCGUCAAGCAGAGAGCCAGGCUUGGGUCUGACUGACCCAAGCCCAAGGGGGUAUGCCAAAGGAUGCCCACUGCUUUGGGCAUUUGUUAAGCGCACCUCUACCCAUCUGCCCUAGAGCAACUGGGUGGAGGGGAGCGCAGGGAACAGGGAACUGGAGGCGCACGGCCUGCCUUCAGGCCGGGUGCCUGGUCCCUGGGACAUCUGAGGAAGGAGACUGUACAGUCCAUUGUGGUCGUAAUUCCUCGCGGUGCACAUUUGGCUUUCCAGAAUGCCCUGUACAUAUCUUUCCAAAUUGUCUUUGUAUGAGCGCUGAUUUGAUACAAUGCUGAGUUUUCAGUGGCCACAUUUUUGUUGUUUUUGGACUUGGUGUGUGUGUGUAUGUGUGUGUGUGUGAAGUUUACACACGUGUGCACGAUGCCUUUUCUCACAUGCUUAUUUGAAACAAUAGCCGGUGGUGUGGCUAUAUUUGUACCAGGAGGGUUCCAGUCUGAAGGGAGGAACGUCACCUCCCAGGGCCUCCUAUGCUGGGGCCUUGAGAAGAAGUGAGGCUAGCUGUUGGAAGCCCCCAGAGUUGCAUUGGAAAGAGAUGAGGUGGGCACAUCCUGCCUCUGCCUGGGAGGCUCAGGGUCUCAGCUUACCUUGAACAUUCACGGGCUUUUAGAUUUUAAUGUCGUUUUUUCCGAGAAAGAUGUGCGACUAUUGACUGACCAAAUUCUUUAAGUAUUUUCCAUUUAAGAAGAAAAGGGAAAGGUUUUACACACUUCUGAAAAUAUGACUAUCGCUUGUUUUCAUUCGAAUAAACCUUUGUAAGACUUUUUUCCAAUGAGAAUCCAAAUCCCACCCCUCCCCAGCUGCUGCCCAGGGCCUGGGCUUUCCCAAAUGUGAAUUCCUUAGGGUGCUUCAGAAACCAGGAAUCUGCCUGAUCUGGGGGAUUCUGUCUCUGCUAACCUGAAUAGGAAGGAUUGAGGACAGGAAAGAGUCAUUUCCGUUAGCAGAUCCUUCUUCUCUGGCUGGGUAUGGAGCUGACAGCCGGUCGACAUUGAAGGAGCAGGAGAAGGAAGAGAAAAACACAACACUGCCUCUAGCUUGUUUUCUACGGAGACCCACCCAGAAAGAGUCUCUCUUACCUCCACUCUGUCUUCUCUGGAACGUGCGUGCGCGCUCACACGUUCGAGAUGGAGACCCCGGGCCGGGCAGCCAAGUUCCUGCUUUCAGCCCGUUUUCCUCUGACGAGUGCAGCAGUGCCAACUUCUCUGGGCUGCGCAGAUUCUCCCACACACCCUCCCCACUGACGCUACUAAUCCUAAUCAGUGUAAUUACCGAAUUUCAAAGGACUGUAAUCAGGCUGCCUGCCGCUCCCCUAUAAAGCCCAUUAAUGGGAAGCCCGCUAAUUGAGAACUUCAAGAUAAUCACAACGUAAGGAAAUUCAUGUUAACUGUGGUUUCUUGCUGUUGAAAUCUGUGACAUGUUCCUCCCUUGGGUCAGGUUUCAGGGUCACGUGUGUAGAAGGAGGACCUUUCGGUUCCAAGAAAAGGUUCAAGACUUUAAGGACCCCUCCACCGUGCCUUCUGCUUGGGGGUUCAGCAUAUCCGUUGUGUAAAACUUGUGUGCAGGAUGAUGUCUGUUCUUUCUCCGUUGUGGGGAUUGUAGCUUUUCUUUCUCCUCCUUUAUUUGCCCUAUGAGUAACACGCUUUGUGAACUAGACUGCAAUUUCAAGUCCUGUAACCAUGUCUUUCUAAAUAGCUUGUAAAGCAGAUGUUUUCCUAUCACACUUGCUGCUCCCGCCUUUGCCGCCCUCUCCCCCCCCCCAGUAUUCCAGGGUAGGGAACUUUUGCCUUUUACAGGCCGUGGGAGUGAGUUGUGAGUGUCUCUUGAGCAAGAAUUUUUCUGACAAGGAUCUGGAAACAGCACAGCACUGGGGCUGGAAGCCUCAACUGUUCUUCCGCUGGACUGAGAGCCCUGGCCCGAUGGAGCCUGGUUCAGGCUGGGUGCAUCCCACGGCUGCUUUACUCUCCCUGUCCUGCUCCCCGGACGGGUGUCAUUCCCCCAGGCCUGGACGUGCCUGCUCUUUGACUCUGUGAUUGUGAAUUUGUGGCAGUGGAAAUCCUGACAUGUGCAGCUGAGCUUCUUGACAUGACUCCUGCGCUGUGGGGUCCUCUUGGUGGCUUGGACACUGCUUGUGUUCAUGUGCCGCCCGUGUGUGCUGGGAAAGCUGUAUAGUUCUGAAGGAUUUCACUCGAGUGCGGCAGCCAGCACCUUUGCUUCGGAUUUCUCUCUCUCUUUUUCUAAUUGUUGACUAUAGCUGUUCAAUCGUGUCUCUUUCUGUACAAAAUACUGUGUCAUAAUAAAGAACAAAUGAUAUUCACUUGUA